CACUUUGUCUUGUUGAUAAAAAGGACCCAAUUGCCAUGCACAAGAGGGAAAAACACAUUGAGUUGUAGGAGGGUUUUCUUGUAAGGAAAAAAAAAAUCAUAUGGAUGACUAUGGUUUGUUUGCCACAGAAUGUAAUAGUGGUUAUGAAUCUGGUUGGACUAAUUACUUAGACCACUCUUUCCUGUCUGCAAAUCCUUCAAGCAAUGAUUUCAAAGAUAGCAAUGAUAGAGGUAAUAAAGAAGAGGUUGUUGAAGAAGAAGAAGAAGACCUUUCCAUGAUUUCUGAUGCAUCUUCUGGACCUCCACCACAUUUCUUCUAUGAAAUUAAUGGCUGCUUCAAUGGUGAUGAUGGUCAUGAUGAUGACCAGUAUCAUUAUCCCUUACCCCAAGUUGCUGCAUUGGAUAAAAAUGGUGCUAAACAACAAGUACCGCCUUCUUGUCUUGAUGAUACUGCCACCAGCUCUCCUCUUAUAAAUUUCUCCAAGACCUAUGAUGAAGUUUCAAUGGAGAGUGUAUUUGAUUAUCCCCUACAGGGAUUCUCUGCAACACACUUUAUGGGAGGGCCUGCAUUCCGUGACCACUGUGGUUUUUAUCAGUACUCUCCAUAUGGAAACCAGCUACAAACUAACCAAUGGUUUUAAGGAAAUGAUCAAUGGAGUUGAGCUCUUUAUAUCAAAUGUCAGAUCUCAAGGGAGAUGUUGUUCCUUUUAUUCUUCAUUUUUAUUUGGAUUUGCCUUUGUAUCAGCCAUUGCAAUGAAAAAACCAACCUUAGAGCAACAUUUGGAAAAUAAAUUUCUUCUGUGUGUUUUUUUUACUCAUCUUGUCCUAAUCAUUGUGGGUUAAGCCUCAAGUUUUGUUUCCGUGUAAUAAAAAAGUUAAAUUCUGCUAUUAGUACAUGUACUUUAUGAAAGUUGUUGAUUUAGUCUCUGUAUUUUAAUUUGAUCAGUUUUAGUUGUAUUUUUCGAAUUUUGAAGUUUUAGUCCCGACACAAACAAUUGUAAAUUCAUUUGGUUCAAUUCAAGUAUUAGUCUUGUAUUA